AUGGCUUGCGUGCAUCCCUACGGAACAGCUGUGGGUCGUGCAAAUGGAUUUGAGGAGACAACCAUAGCCUACAUCUUUACUUUCAUUCCUCUGAUCGCCAUAUUUUUCAAGCCUGCCUGCGGUUUCAUCGUCGACAGGACGCAAAACGCCACAGCAGUGUUGAUCGCUUUGCAAACGAUCGCUCUUGUAUCGUUUGGACUUGUCUUUACGAGCCAGUACAUCCAGACAGGGGACACAUAUAUGAGUGGGCUGCUGUCAUGCUCCGAUGGAAACGUAACAUUUAUGCGCGCACCUUCAAGUUGCACGGGACAGUCACUAAAGUGCAACUUCUCUUGUCGGCGAAACUUGCUGGGUGACAUCUCCUUCAAGGUCGAAGCAGAGAUCGCCCUCGGCAACCGUACUUCCACCGUCUGCAAGGCUGUAUGGAAUAGGACGGCAGGCCAUGAAAAAGACAGUUGCGAUUUCACCUGUCCGUGCCAGGAACGCUCGUCCAGAUUGGUCGCGUUCUACCUUUAUGUGGUGUUUGUGGUUCUAGCGUAUGUGGCUUCCGGGGCAGUGUACAUUAUAUCGGAUGCUGCGCUUUGCGAAUUACUGGGUGAUAAUGCGAAGUCCUUCGGACACAAUCGACUCUGGGGAACAUUGGGCUAUGGGGUCAGCAGUCCUCUUGUGGGUUUCUUCAUUGACGAAGCGAACAAGAUGACGGGAGGACGUUCCGGCUACACACCGGGUGUCGUCCUUUUUGCAAUUUUCCUUCUAAUAAAUAUUCUUCUGCUCUGCUUAACGCCGCGAUUGACAAUGAAAAGGGUAACGACUACUUUUUUCAGGGAUGUGAAAACUGUCUUCUAUUGCCUGGAAGUGAUAGUGUUCGCUCUCUGGACCUGUCUCCUCGGAUCAUUGUUCGCAUUCACUUCAUCGUUCAACGCGUGGCUGAUGGAAGACAUAGGAUCAUCCAAGCUUACAUUUGCGUGUUCAAUGGCGUUUGCCUCGUAUGCGGCGUCCUUUAUUGGAAGCUCUUUUGUUCGUAACCCGUGGUAUACGCUCCUCGCCGCCAUUCCCAACGGUAUCGCAUUUUCUAUGGCGCUGUCCUCCAUUACUGUGUUUGCCAAAGAGGCCGCUCCACCAGGCACAACUACCUUCGUGAUGUGCAUCCUGAACAUCUUAGGAUUUGAAGGAAUCGGUGCGGUAUUGGGAAGCCUCGUUGGGGGUACCGGUUUUGGCAAGUACGGAGGACGCGCUGCCUUCCGCUAUGCUGGAAUCGCUGCUUUCACCUGUGCGGUCCUCUGCUUGCUCUCUCGUAUCCUCAUUAGGAGAACGGUUAUAUUCAUUGUCAAGCCUUCUUAA